AUGCAAAAAAUAUUAAUUCAAGAUAUAAAACCACUAAUAUAUUCAUGUUAUUAUACCCCUAAUGAUUCCUUAGGGAAAACAUUCUCUUUUAAUAACAGUCAAUUAGUUUCUGAUGAUAAUGAGACUUGUUAUCAAUUGUUUUCUAGAAAUAGUUAUCAACCAAAAAGUGUGCCUUCACCUAUACUACCAGUGGAUGAUUUUUGGGAUGAUGAUUCAUGUGGAUAUUUAGAUGAUGCGAAACAUUUUAUAACAGAUGAUUCAGAAGUCUUUCAAAAAUCUUCAAAUGUAUCAACGAUGUCAAAAAACAAUGAAAAUUUGAAUAAGGCGUUUCAUCAAAUUUCACCAUCAGAUGAUGAAUAUUUAGAAAUAACACAUGCUCUUGACACAGAAAGUUCUGAUGACAGUGAUUACGAUGUACUCAAAGCAGGAGGUAUACUUUCUAUUAUGUCAAAAGAUAAAUCUGGCAAUGUCAAAGAAAAUGAUUCAUUUAUCAAUACUUCUACUGUACGUCAAAAGAAAAAAUUUAUUAAAAGUAAUUUUGAAUCAUCAAUUAAUCAAAAUGAUUUUGAUAAAGGAGAAACAUCUUUUGAGAAUGGAUCAUCUUCUGAGUUUUCUUCUUCUGAAGAAAAUGAAACAGAUAAUAAAAGUAAAUAUUUUUUUAAAGUCAGGAGAAAUGAUGUUCAACUCACUAAACGUAAAACAAAAAUUCCAAAGGAUAUAGAUUUUGUAAAUAUUAAUUUAUGUGAAGCUCGAUUAUUUAUGGAAUACUUAAAUGAAAAUUAUCCAGGUGAUAGGCCAAAAAAUGUUCAGUACUUUUUUAGUAGUCAUUUUUUUAAAAAAAGAGGAUUCGAGUUAAUGGAAAUAUGCUUUAAAAUUUUUAACAAAUAUUGUUUUGGGAAUUUACUUCCUGAUACAAUAAAAUUAGAAUGGAAUAAUCGUCUCCGUAAAACUGCCGGAACAACAUCAUUUUCAAAUAAAAGUGGGAUAAAAAUUGUGUUAUCUGAUAAAGUUUGUGACAAACCAUACCGUGUCCGUGAUACUUUAAUUCAUGAGAUGUGUCAUGCAGCUUCAUUUUCAAUUGACAAAGUUUUUAAAGAUGGCCAUGGUCCUUCUUUUAAAAAAUGGGCUGCAAUAUGUAGUAAAAGUUUUCCAAAAAUACCUGAAGUAUCUCGUUGUCAUAAUUAUGAUAUUGAUGCUAAAUAUCACUACAUCUGUGAAGGUUGCCGGCAAACAGUUAAAAGACAUUCAAAAUCAUUAAAUAUUUCAAAAAAAGUAUGCGGGAAAUGUAGAGGUAGAUUUGUUCUUCAUGUACGUGGUAGAAAAGAUGCAGCCGUUACUGUUGAAAAAGUUAAGGAAAUUGAUUUCCUGUCAGAAUUGCUAACUAACAGUUCACUAUAA